AUGACGACGAUCGGGAAGUCUCUGUUCCGCGGGAAAUCCUCGGACGCGGGGGCCGCGGGGGCCGCGGGAGGCGCGGGCAAUUCCCUGGAGGAGCUGGGCAUCGACCCUGCUUCGCUGCCGGAGAAAUUGCGCGGGCUAGACGAGCGGUUCAUCGUGAACAUCCUGAGCGAAAUCAUCGACCACGGCGCGCCGGUCACGUGGGACGACAUCGCGGGUCUGGCGCACGCGAAGCAGUGCGUGAUGGAAGCGGUGAUCUGGCCGAUGCAGCGACCGGACCUCUUCACCGGGCUGCGCGCGGUGCCGCGCGGACUGCUGCUGUUCGGGCCGCCCGGGACCGGGAAGACGCUGCUGGGGAAGGCGAUCGCGCACGGGGGCGGAUGCACCUUCUUCAGCAUCAGCGCGUCCUCGCUCACCAGCAAGUGGAUGGGAGAGGGAGAGAAGAUGGUGCGCGCGCUCUUCGGCGUCGCCGAGAUGAAAGCGCCGUCGGUGAUCUUUAUCGACGAAAUCGACUCGCUGCUCGGCAUGCGAAGAGAGGACGAUCUGGAAGGGACGCGUCGUCUCAAAACGGAGUUUCUCGUGCAGCUGGACGGGGUUUCAUCGGCCGAAAAAGCCUCGAUUUUGGUCAUCGGAGCGACCAAUCGGCCGCAGGAUCUCGACGAGGCGGCGCGGAGACGGUUCGUGAAGCGGCUGUACAUCCCGCUGCCGGACGAGGAGACGCGGAAAGCGCUGUUUGGGAUUUUGCUGAAGAAGAACGAGAACCAGAUCGAUGAUGCGCAGAUUGAUGUCUUGGUCGAGCGGAGCGAGGGAUAUUCGUGUGCCGAUAUCCAUAAUCUGUGUAGGGAAGCGGCGAUGGGACCGAUUCGGGAUGUGAGCAAGCGAGGAGGCAUCGCAGGGAUGAAUCUGUCGAAUCUGCGGCCUAUCAACAUGGAGGACUUUGAAUAUGCGUUCGGACAGGUCCGAGCCAGUGUGGGGCAAGAUGACCUGGAUGGGUAUAAGCAAUGGAACGAAAAGUUUGGAAGCUUGGGAAGCGCUGGAGUCGCGUGA